AUGGUUGUCCUACCGAGCGGAGAUGUCGUAUCUGAGGACGAGGAUGAGUUCGCCGAGAUGCCUCCAUUGAUUGAUGAAGGUGAUGAUUCCGAGGUAGAGGUUGAGGCCACUACUGAGCAAGUGGGUGUUGUAGCCCGUCGGGCUCUUGCUAAUGAGGAGGGGCUCAUGGCUGCUCAAACUUCUAGUGCUCAGGGGAUUAAGAUGCAAAUUCCUCCUUUCCAAGGCAAAUCUGAUCCGGAUACAUACCUUGAAUGGGAGAGUCGAGUGGAGCUAGUAUUCGGUUGUAAUGACUACACCGAUGCACAAAAGUUGAGACUUGCCGUAGUAGAAUUCACCGACUAUGCCAUAGUUUGGUGGGAACAAGUGGUUACAAGCAGGAGAAGGUGUGGAGAUCCACCUAUAACCACUUGGACUGAGCUCAAGAGACUGAUGAAGAAGCGAUUUGUACCAAGUCACUACCAUAGAGACUUGUACCAAAAACUUCAAACCUUGACACACGGUCAACGCUCAGUUGAGGACUACUACAAGGACAUGGAAAUCUCCAUGUUAAGAGCUGAUAUUCAAGAAGAUAGAGAGGCUACAAUGGCAAGAUUUCUCAAUGGUCUGAGGGUUGAAAUAGCCGAUCAACUGGAGCUUCAAUACUAUGUGGAGAUAGAAGAUAUGGUGGAGAAGGCUAUCAAGAUUGAGCAAAGGCUCAAGAGGAGGGGUACAACCAGAAAUUACAACCCUCAUCCACACACAUUUACUCGACCAUUCCAGCCUAGAAGGGAAGAGAGAGGUUCGAAUACUUGGACCACUCCAAAGCCGAAGCAAGAUCAAGGGUCAAGCUCACGGCCACCUUUUACCAAAACCGACUCCAAGGUUGUUUCCAAGCCAACAAUUGAAACUUCAAAACCUAGGAAUCGUGACACCAAAUGUUGGAGGUGUCAAGGAGUUGGGCAUAUUGCAAGUCAAUGUCCAAACCCAAGGACCAUGCUUGUCCUACCAAAUGGAGACAUUGUCUCUGAUGAUGAAGAGGAGGAUUACAAAGACAUGCCUUCCUUGGUUGAAGAGGAAGAUGAGAUAGAGGAAGUUCCAACUCAAGACAAUGUUGGAUUGGUAGCAAGAAGGGCACUAGCUACUCAAGCUAGUAAAGAUGAGCUUCAACGUGACAACAUCUUUUACACUAGGUGCCAUGUGACCAACAAGAGGGCAAUUAAUGCCAUCACGGUAAAGUACCGCCAUCCCAUACCUCGUUUGGAUGACAUGUUUGAUGAAUUACAUGGUGCAAUCAUUUUUACUAAGAUUGAUUUGAAAAGUGGUUACCAUCAAAUUCGCAUGAAAGAAGGAGAUGAAUGGAAAACUGCAUUUAAGACAAAACAUGGACUUUUUGAGUGGCUGGUCAUGCCUUUUGGGUUAACCAAUGCACCAAGUACUUUUAUGAGACUCAUGAAUCAUGUUUUACGUUCUUUCAUUGGUAAAUUUGUGGUCGUUUACUUUGAUGACAUUUUGAUCUAUAGUAAGAGUCUAGAUGAGCAUGUUGUGCAUUUACAAAUGGUCCUAGAUGCACUUCGCAAGGCGAGCCUCUACGCUAACCUUAAGAAGUGUACCUUUGGCACAAAUCAAUUGGUUUUCCUAGGUUAUGUUGUAAGUGAGCAGGGAAUUCAUGUUGAUCAAGACAAGGUGAAGGCUAUUAGUGAAUGGCCAACCCCUACCACUGUAAGUGAGAAAGAUGUGCAAUUUCAUUGGGGAGAGGAACAAGCUAAGUCUUUCCAAUUACUUAAGCACAAGCUCACACAUGCACCUGUUCUUAGUUUACCUAAUUUUGACAAAGCUUUUGAAGUAGAGUGUGAUGCUUCUGGUAUAGGUAUUGGUGCUGUCUUACUUCAAGAGGGCCGCCCAGUUGCCUACUUUAGCGAGAAGUUGAAUGGAGCUGCUCUAAAAUACUCAACAUAUGAUAAGGAACUGAUGGCCUUAGUGCGAGCUCUACAAACAUGGCAACAUUACCUUCGCCCUCGUGAGUUUGUCUUUCACACAGAUCAUGAGUCGCUCAAGCAUAUCAAGUCCCAAGACAAGUUGAGUAAGCGACAUGCACGAUGGAUUACCUUCAUUGAUAGUUUUACCUUUGUGAUCAAAUACAAGACAGUAAGAGAAUCUCAUGGAGGAGGACUAAUGGGCCAUUCUGCUACACGUUAUUCACCGUUUGAAAUUGUGUAUGGUUUUAACCCUCUCACACCUUUGGAUUUAACUCCUUUACCUGUUCAUGAGAGAGUUAACUUGGAUGGUAAGACCAAGGCGGCAUAUGUACGUGAGUUACACACUAAGGUGUGGGCCAACAUCGAGAAGCGUACACUUCAAUACAUCCAAAGUGCCAACAAGGGGCGCCGCAAGAUGGUCUUUGAGCCUGGCGAUUGGGUAUGGAUACACAUGCGCAAAGAGAGGUUCCCAGUCAAACGACGUAGUAAGCUACUUCCACGGGGAGAUGGUCCAUUCCAAGUCCUGGAGCGUAUAAAUGACAAUGCCUACAAACUUGAACUUCCAGGUGAGUAUGGGGAGCAUGAGCGAGAGUUGGCCAAGAAAUCCAACUACUCUAAAGCGACCAUUAAAGCACCAGCCGUGAAGACAUCCACACCUAGUACUUCUGGGCGAAUGGACAAGCAUCCAAGCUUGCUUGCAAAGAACAGGGAAGUUCGCAAGUUACUUUUAUCCAAGCAAGUUGUUUUUGUCUUAUACUGCAAGGAAGUGAUUCUACUCUCUCAUGAGGCACUCACUGACUUACCUCCUGAAAUCUCUUCGUUGUUGCAGGAAUUUGAGGAUGUUUUCCCGGACGAGAUCCCAAGUAGACUACCCCCACUCAGAGGGAUCGAGCACCAGAUAGAUUUCGUCCCUGGAGCAUCCUUAUGGAACAGACCGACCUACAAGAUGGGUCAUGAAGAGACUAAGGAGAUCCAGAGAUAA